AGAGCAGCAGAACGUUAGCUUGAAAGCUAAAAUUCAGCAGCUCCAGCGUCCAUUGGUUGUUCCGCCCAUCAGCCGGACAAGUAUGACGCCGCCGAAUGCACUGCCAUCAACUGCGGCUCAGCCAACAACUUCCGCUGGCACGCCCAGAAUUUCGCGGCCAACUGGACGAUUGGCUGCUAAUGACGAUCGGAUUUCGUCAAAAAGUCGGAGUCCGUCGCCCCGUGCACCAUACAUCACGGGAUUCGACGGUCACCGCAUCGAUGAACGAUGGGAAGUCACCAGAGAUCCGAACGAAUUAGGAUAUAAACUUUUGGAAACAAGUGAUAGAGUUCACUUCCAAUUUGUCAAUUCGUUGGACAUCUGUGUGUAUACAUUACAGAAAGAAAACAGUAACUAUGUUGUGUGCGGCUGUAACGCCAGGAACGUAGGCAAAAGUGUCAAUCGCCGUUGCAAAGGCUCAAUUGUAGUGGUCGAAUUCAAUGGCCAAUACUUUGGCCACUAUCAUCAGGUGGAGCACGGAUGUUGCUAAUAUAAAGACACUUGCACUACAAACAAGACCGCACAUCAUCGCUUCGCUCCUCUCUGCGUUCUUUAUGUUAUUUAAAAUUAAAUAAAGUUCCCAUCAAAUUAUUCAUCGAAGCAUACAUUUCUUUAUUUUAUGAAAAUUAUUAGAAUUAAUAUCAAGUAUGUUCGAUUCGGACUCUAUUUUUUCUGAAGAUGUUGAAAUCUAAGGUGG